CCCACAUGAGGACAGACCCCAGCCCCACAUGAGGACAGACCCCAACCCCACGUGGGGACAGACCCCAGACCCACAGGGGGACAGCCCCCACUCCCACAGCUGCCCCACACCAGCCCCACCGACCCCCCCCCAGCCCCUUUGGCCCCCUCCCGGGGGUGCCGGUCCCGGACCCCCCCACGCCGAGGCUCCCGCUCGCCGCCCGGGCCCCCCCGAGCCCCCGAGGCGGCGCGGAGGGGUACGGGGGGCGGGGGGGCCGUGCUGAGGCCGCGGGAGCUGGAACUACUUUGGCACCGGGAGGCGGCGGCAGCGGCCGGCGGCGCUUUGUGCGGGCUCGGCGGGCUCGGGACCCCCGGCACGGCACCCCCGGCCGGGACCCCCCCUUCCCCACACCUCCCACCGGAGCCCCUCGGCUUCGGCCCCGCUCCGGGGGCGCUGCUGCCGCCGGGGGAGGGACCCUCCGGCCGGCCCCGCGCCCUCCCCGCGUCCCCACGCCCCCUCCCCAGGACCCCCGCGCUCGGGGUGAAGUUUGGCGGGGGGCGCCGGGGCCGAGCCCCUCCCCCGCGGGGCCGUGCGGGGACCCCCGGGGGGCUCGGGGGGCUCCCCGCGCCGCCCCCCCCGGGCGAUGCCGUCGGUGAUGGAGAAGCCCUCGGGGAUCCUGUCCCGCAGCCGCGCCAAGGCGGGGGGCGGCGCGGGGCCCCCCCACUCCGAGGACGAGGCCAGCGAGGACGAGCACGCCCACGACAGCAUGAUCCGGGUGGGGGCCGACUACCAGGCGGUGAUUCCCGACUGCAAACCAGAGAGCCCCGCUCGCUACAGCAACAAGGAGCUGAAGGGGAUGCUGGUGUGGGCCCCCAACCACUGCGUGUCUGACGCCAAACUGGACAGGUACAUCGCCAUGGCCAAGGACAAGCACGGCUACAACAUCGAGCAGGCCCUGGGCAUGCUGCUGUGGCACAAACACGACGUGGAGAAGUCCUUGGCCGACCUGGCCAACUUCACGCCCUUCCCGGACGAGUGGACGGUGGAGGACAAGGUUCUGUUCGAGCAGGCCUUCAGCUUCCACGGCAAGAGCUUCGCCCGCAUCCAGCAGAUGCUCCCGGACAAGCUCAUCCCCAGCCUGGUUAAGUAUUAUUAUUCCUGGAAGAAAACGCGGUCCCGCACCAGCGUCAUGGACCGCCAGGCCCGGCGCCUGCUGGGCCGCCGCGACCGCGACGACAGCAACGACGAGACCGACGAGCACCGACCCAACCCCGAGGGGGACGCGGAGCCCGCGGACCCCAAAAAAGAGCCGUGCUACCCCAAGGCGGGGCCGCGCAAGGAACCGCAGUACCGGCACCACCCCCCGGCGCGGCAGCGGCGCCGCCCCCCCCGCGGGAUGCGCCUGAGCCGCGAGGACGUGGCCGAGGUCACGGCCAACCCCGACCUGGGCGCGCGGGCCCUGCGCCAGCUCGACUGCCAGCUGGUGGCCCUCAAACGUCAGGUGCAGCGCAUCAAGCAGAUCAACAGCGGCCUCAGGCAGGCGCUGGACGGGGGCCUGGAGGGGCUGCGGCCGCCUGAGGGCAACAGCAAGUUCAGCUCCCGCUGGACAACGGACGAGCAGCUGCUGGUGGUGCAGGCCCUGCGCCGCUACGGCCGCGAUUUCCCGGCGGUGGCGGCCGUGCUGGGCAACAAAACGGCGGCGCAGGUUCGGAGCUUCGUGCUGGGCCCCCGGCGCCGCCUCGGCCUCGAGCGGCUCCUGCAGGAGCGCCAGGGCCAGGGGGAGCCCCCCGGGGACCGCCCCGAGCCCGAGGAGGAGGAGGAGGAGGUGCAGAUCACGGGUGUGUCCCGCCCGGCCCCGCCCCUGCCGCCCUCGGCCCCUCCCCCUGGUGCGGCCCCGCCCCCCUCGCGCCCACCAGCCCCGCCCCCGCUGCUGCGCCCGGCCCCGCCCCCAGCCCCGCCCCCCGCGCUCCCCCGGCCGCCGCCGCCCCUCCAGCCCGGCCGGGCCCCGCCCCCGCUGCUCCGCCCUGGCCACGCCCCUGCCGUCAGGCCACGCCCACCUGCCGCCGGCCACGCCCCACCCCGCUGAGCGCCCCCUGCUGGGCCGGAGGACCGGGGGGUCCCGGGGGGUCCCCGUUUGCAAUAAAGGUAUUUUAGUAGA